UGAAAGGAUUUGUGAUAACAGAUAUAUGUACUGUAUAUUUUGUCACCAAAAGCUACUUCUGAGAAGAGCUUCAAUACAACCUCAUAAAAUCAUUAUUUAUUGCACAACAAUUUACUGAGCAGCAGCUCAUGAUUAGGUUAUCUGAUCACUAUUUCCACAUGAACACCAUUUUAAAGAAGAAGGCCGUGUACAACAGUGAGAAACUUCAAAAUGUAACAUAAAUGUGUUUUUCCCACCAGUAACCCAUUUCCCCAUAUUGCAUAAGGUUGCACCAUAUUAGACCUUCAUAACCUAAAGUAGACAUUUAGCUGCACUAUUACCUGGCUAGAUCAGGUGUAUGGGCGGGUCCAAGGAAAACUACCCUUUACUUGGUCAGAGAGCAGCGUGCCGUGCGUUGCAAAACAGACACCUUCAGGUGCAAAGGCAGAGUAAGUGGAUUAAUGAACGCAAGCAUGAGGCUCUUCUUUGUGUUAUGCAUGGCCCUUACGGUGACAUAUACAUGUGCUCAAGGACAAGGAAGCACAUGGCUGCAGGAUUUUGAGGAAGCUGUGAAGACCUUGAGUGAGAAGGGUUUAAGGAAGGAGGAUCCAGACCCAAUCAGAGCCAGUAACAUCCAGCAUCCUCUGUUCCAGUGUCCAGACAUGAGCCCAUCUUCCUCUGUGCCCACAUCAGUUGAGUUGGUGAAACCAGCAGAUAUUAAAGUGAUCGCAGCACUGGGGGAUUCACUGACGACUGCAAUUGCAGCCAAUGCGUCCAGCGUUCUGGGAGUACCUGUUGAAUACCGCCAUGUUUCAUGGAGCAUUGGAGGGCAUGGGACAUAUCAAGAUGUUAUUACUCUCGCUAAUAUUGUGAAGCUCUUCAAUCCAGAUGUGCUGGGCCCUGCUCCUAUGUGGACCAUAAAUGGACAUCCUGCCCCUUUGGAGUACACGGGGUUCAACUUGGCUGUUACAGGACAUAACAGUCUAAACUUUUCUGAGCAAACAAGAAACAUGAUUGACACCUUCAAAAACUAUUCAGCCAUGAACUUCAAAGAGGACUGGAAACUGGUCACGGUCCUCAUUGGGAUGAAUGACAUUUGUGAUUACUGCAAAGACAAAACACUCUUCUCUGUGGAUAACUUCAUCCAGCACAUCACAGAGUCUCUUCAAAUGCUGAUGGAUGAGGUCCCAAGGCUGAUUGUGAACGUUGUGCAAAUCCUGACCAUGAAGUCACUGAGGGACGUUCAGAAGCCAACAUUGGGCUGCCAGUUGCAGAAAACUUUCUGCUCCUGUUUGGUGUUACCAGAGGAAAACUCGACCGAACUGCAGGAAGUUGUCGACCUCAACCGAGAGUUCCAGCUUAGAUUGGAGAAGCUUAUCCACAGUGGCCGGUUCUUCAAGGAUGACUUUGCAGUGGUUCUUCAGCCUUAUCUCACCAACACAGAACUUCCCAAAUUACCUGAUGGCACCGUUGACUUCAGCUACUUUGGACCUGACUGUUUCCACUUUACUAUUAAAGGCCAUGAAGAGUUGGCCAAGGGAUUGUGGAACAACAUGUUUCAGCCAGAGGGUAAGAAAGAUAUUAUUCCCAGCCUGACCGAUCCCAUCAAGCUGAUCUGCCCUCCACAGGACCACCCUUACAUAUACACAAAACCACAAUCACUACCCUCAGCUGCUGCAAGCAAACAAGGUCUCCUGACUCUUUUGAUGGUGACCAUGUCCUUGACACUACUGGCCGGUUUCUGAUCAUGUCCUGCAAUCAGAUUUGAGCUCUUUCAACCAUCAGCCAGCGUGAAACAUUCUAACUGAUUCUUUUCAUAAAUAUAACAAUGAAGUUAUGAUAUAA